AAAAAUCAAUAGGUAGGCAAACCGUCGAACAGGAAGGAAGCCAAAUGGCCGCGCGGCUCUCAGCCUCGCCCGCCCUCUCCUACGCCGCUCUCGUCUCUCGCCGCGCCGCCUCCUCCUGCUUCCCCCGCUCCUUCCCUUUCCCAUACUCGGGGGCGGCUCUUCGUGGCUUCUCCUCUCAGCCGCUAGCCGUUGUUCGCGAUUCCCCCUUCGCGGACGUCUCCGUCCAAGCCCGGCGCGGUCCCUCUUCUCAGGUCGAAGACUUAGCCUCCCCUGCCGAUCUGUGCUUUGAGUCGCCUUUGAAGAUUGUGGAGUACCCUGACCCGAUCCUGAGGGCGAGGAAUAAACGUAUUAGUGCGUUUGACGAGAAUUUGAGGAAACUGGUUGAUGAGAUGUUCGAUAUCAUGUACAAAACUGAUGGUGUAGGCCUCUCAGCACCACAAGUUGGAGUGAAUGUUCAACUUAUGGUAUUUAAUCCUGCUGGUGAACGAGGUGAAGGAGAGGAAAUUGUUCUUGUGAACCCAAAAAUGUAUAAAGCCUCAACACGCACUUUUUUUUACAAUGAGGGAUGCUUAUCUUUUCCAGGAAUUUAUGCAGAUGUAGAGAGACCAGCAUCUAUAAAGGUUGAUGCUCGAGAUAUAAACGGUGCAAGGUUUAGAGUCAAUCUUUCUGGACUUCCUGCUCGGAUUUUUCAGCAUGAAUUUGAUCAUUUACAGGGUAUUCUUUUCUUUGAUCGGAUGACUGAAGAUGUUCUUGAAACUAUCCGUUCACAGCUGAAGUUAUUGGAAAAGAAGUAUGAAGACACAACAGGACUUGAAAGUCCUGAAAGCAUUGAUAAAAACAUCACUGGCCAAAGAAGGGAAAUUGCUGGUUUUGCUCAAAGAAAAGAGAUUACUGGUUUUGCUGGAAGAUGAUCAAGAAGUCAAUAUGUGCUGCAAAGUUUUUUGGUUUUUUUUUGGCUGGAACAAGCAGACCUAUGCACAAGUAACCUACAGAUGUCGCAUCGUUUGAUCCUACCCUGCACUAAAUGCAUAUAGUUUAUGCUCGCUUCAUGUUAGGAUUUAUUGAAAAGAUUAUGUUAAUUUUCUAAGUUCUUAAUGGCUUAUGCUCUAUACCUCUUGUUACCCAACUUGAUUGAUUGUUUAUCCUGGAAUACACACAUGUAAAGUUUAAUUUAAAAUGGUGGUAAAAACUUGAGAAUUGAUCUUGAGAA